GUAGUGUGCGGUGAGGGGAUUGUUAAGAUUCUUAAAAGAAAAGACUACAAAAGAGGUAUAACACUCUCGGGGUUCCCCAAGUCUCUUCUCAUCUCUAUUAGGGUUUCAUCCAAAGCGCCUUUCCAGUAUCAUCUGAUCCUUCUCUAUCUAGUUCAAUACAUGUCUGAACCGGUGGAGUACCGUUGUUUCAUUGGAGGACUUUCAUGGUCAACAUCUGACAGAGGUCUAAAAAGUGCUUUCGAAAAGUAUGGUAAUCUCGUGGAAGCCAAGGUAGUGGUGGACAAAUUUUCUGGUCGCUCACGUGGAUUUGGGUUUGUAACUUUUGAUGAUAAAAAAGCAAUGGAUGAAGCAAUUGAUGCUAUGAAUGGUAUGGAUCUUGAUGGAAGACCCAUUACGGUUGAUAAAGCGCAGCCUCAUCAAGGAUCUGGUCGUGAUCGUGAUGGUGACCGUGAUCACGGUCGAGACCGCGGUCGUGGUGGUGAACGAGGUUCUGGUGGUGGAGGAGAUUGCUUCAAAUGUGGAAAACCUGGCCAUUUUGCUAGGGAAUGCCCAGAUGGUGAUGGGGGAAGAGGAGGCAGCAGAUAUGGAGGAAGGGAUGAUAGGUACAGUGGUGGUGGUGGCGGCAGUCGCUAUGGGACGGACCGUAACGGGGAUCGUAAUGGAGAUCGUAGUGGAGACCGUAACGGGGAUCACGAGGACCGUCAUGGUGGACGCAGGGAUGGUGGGAGUCGUGGUGGGUCAGACCGUGAUCGAAGCACUCGCGACCGCUCUGGUCCGUACGAGCGUCGUAGCACUGGCGGCAGCCGUAGCUGAUAACAUGAUUGUUUACUGUUUACUGAGGUGAGGAGUCUGUGUAGCUGCUGCUGAAAGUUCACUUUUAUAGGAAAUGCUGGAUGACAUCUUACAAACGUUUAGAGGAUGAUCGCAUUAGCUAAUAUUUCGUUUCGCAAGUGUGAGAAUUGGCACUCGUAUGUGGUUCUAUUGUUUAGUGUACUGUCAGGUGAUGCUCAAAUACGAUGUUUUCGUCCGAGCCGUAUAAUGCUUGUUUGACAUGCACAUAUCGAAUUUGGUCUUGUACUCUUUGAUUGCCAUUCCUGGAUACUGGAUUGUUCUUGCUUAUAUGUUUGCCUUUCUGGGUUCUCGUUCUGGUGUUAAUAUGGAUUCCUGGAGGAUUGAUGGUGCAACUGAGUGAAAAUUUCAAGCUCAUCUACUUGGGAAUUGUUUCUUGUGUCAUUUGGACCGUAAGCGGAAAUAGAAAUAUUAUGUUCGCCUUUUGGUUUUA